AUGUGGCAGAAAAUUGAGGAUGCAGAGUGGAGACCUCAGACCUACCUGGAGCUGGAGGGUCUGCCCUGCAUCCUAAUCUUCAGUGGGAUGGACCCGCAUGGGGAAUCCUUGCCAAGGUCUUUGAGGUACUGUGACCUGCGUUUGAUAAACUCCUCCUGCUUGGUGAGAACAGCCCUGGAGCAGGAGCUGGGCCUGGCCGCCUACUUUGUGAGCAACGAGGUUCCCCUGGAGAAGGGGGCUAGGAACGAAGGCUUGGAGAGUGACGCAGAGAAGCUGAGCAGCACAGACAACGAGGAUGAGGAGCUGGGGACAGAAGGCUCCACCUCGGAGAGGAGAAGUCCUGUGAAAAGGGAGCGAUCCUGCUCCCACGACUCAGCGUCCUCGUCCCUGUCCUCCAAAGCGUCCGGUUCAGUGCUCUGUGGGGAGCCCUUGGCUCAGCCCAUGGGGUCUUCUCAGGGAGAGCAGACCCUGUCGCCCCCGCCCUGUGGCCUGGCAGAGGAGGCCAGGGCCCCGGCCGAGAAGCAGCGACUGCGUGCCACUCAGGGGCCACCUGUGGCCCUCAGCAGGCACAGCCCGGGCCCGGCCCCCCCACCCGACUGCUGCUGCUCAGUGGGCCCCCGCAGGUGGGUGCUGCUCCCGCUGCCCUGGCACAGCCCCGCCCCGCCCCAGAUCGGGAAGACAGGUGCCUACCUGCAGUUCCUCAGUAUCCUGUCCAGAAUGCUUAUUCGGCUGACAGAAGUGGAUGUUUAUGAUGAAGAAGAGAUCAAUACCAACCUCAGAGAAGAAUCGGAUUGGCAUUAUGCCCAGCUCAGCGACCCCUGGCCGGACCUUGAGCUGUUCCAGAAGAUGCCUUUUGACUACAUCAUUCACGACCCGAAGUAUGAAGGCGCCAGCCUGAUUUGUUCCUACCAUCAGAGCGCGAGGAGCGAAGACAGAGGGAUGUCCCGGAAGCCUGAGGACCUCUUCAUGCGGCGUCAGACAGCGCGGAUGAGACUGUCCAAGUAUGCAGCGUAUAACACGUACCACCACUGUGAGCAGUGCCACCAGUACAUGGGCUUCCAUCCCCGCUACCAGCUCUAUGAGUCCACCCUGCACGCCUUUGCCUUCUCUUACUCCAUGCUAGGAGAGGAGGUCCAGCUCCACUUCAUCAUCCCCAAGUCCAAGGAGCACCACUUUGUCUUCAGCCAACCCGGAGGCCAGCUGGAGAGCAUGCGGCUGCCCCUCGUCACAGACAAGAGCCAUGAAUAUAUAAAGAGUCCGACAUUCACACCAACAACUGGCCGUCACGAGCACGGACUCUUUAAUCUGUACCAUGCGAUGGAUGGUGCCAGCCACCUGCAUGUGCUGGUUGUCAAGGAGUAUGAAAUGGCUAUUUAUAAGAAAUACUGGCCCAACCACAUCAUGCUGGUGCUUCCGAGUAUCUUCAACAGUGCUGGAGUUGGCGCUGCCCACUUCCUCAUCAAGGAGCUGUCCUACCAUAACCUGGAGCUGGAGCGGAACCGGCAGGAGGAGCUUGGGAUCAAGCCACAGGACAUCUGGCCCUUCAUCGUGAUCUCCGAUGACUCCUGCGUGAUGUGGAACGUGGUGGAUGUCGACUGCGGUGGGGAGAGGAGCAGGAACGUGGACCUGACCCAGAAUGUGCAGUACAACCAGAACCGGUUUACAUGUGACGACGUGGACUUCAACUUGCGGGUGCACAGCGCCGGCCUCCUGCUCUGCCGCUUCAACCGCUUCAGCGUCAUGAAGAAGCAGAUCGCGGUGGGUGGGCACAGGGCCUUCCACAUCACGUCCAAGGUGUCUGACAACUCGGUGGCUAUUGUGCCAGCCCAGUACAUCUGUGCCCCUGACAGCAAGCACACCUUCCUGGCAGCCCCCGCCCAGCUCCUGCUUGAGAAGUUCCUCCAGCACCACAGCCACCGCUUCUUCCCGCUGUCCCUGAAGAACCACAGCCACCCUGUGCUCUCUGUGGACUGUUACCUUAACCUGGGGUCUCAGAUUUCUGUUUGUUAUGUGAGCUCCAGGCCCCACUCCCUGAACAUCAGCUGCUCUGACUUGGUGUUUAGUGGACUCCUGCUGUACCUCUGUGACUCUUUUGUGGGAGCUAGCUUUUUGAAACAGUUCCAUUUUCUGAAAGGUGCGACCCUGUGCGUGAUCUGUCAGGACCGGAACUCGCUCCGCCAGACCGUCGUCCGCCUGGAGCUGGAGGACGAGUGGCAGUUCCGGCUGCGUGACGAGUUCCAGACUGCCAAUGCCAGGGAAGACCGGCCGCUCUUUCUCCUGACGGGGCGACACGUCUGAGGGAGGUGGCAGAGGACUUGCUGGGAGGGCGGAGUGCUCAGAGCCCUCGUGCUGUGGCAGCUGAAGGAAGCCCCAGGACCACGGGCGUUUGAACUGGAACAGACCCCAGAGACUGUCACCUCUGCAACCACCUCGUGGUAUGUGUCAGGGCACCGAGGCCCAAAGGCUGAUGGUGACUGAGUGCCACGAUGGGAGUCGUGAGCAGGAAAGAAAACCCAGGGCUCCUGGGCAAGACCACGUUGCGCUGGGCUAUUUUGAAGUCCAUUUCAUGAAGAACAAAGCUUUGUGUUCUAUCGUGCCAUUCACGUGCUUCCAGGGACAAACUUGACUUUUCUCUUAGUUCCAAAAAAUCUUGGAUUAUCUCAUAGAGGUGCCAGCAUUUCAGGCAGUGGAUGUGAUUUCAGCUAAGUAGGUUUCCUUGUAACUUCCUACAAAGCAAUAUUCCAAAGGGACAUUGUAAUGGAAAUGGCUGGAGACAAGAAAAAAUGAGAAGUAGAUUAUCUUAGUAAGAAUUAUUUAAUUGCCUACAAGUUUGCUCUUUUAGAAACUAGCCCCAAAGGCAUCAAAUUUAAUAAAGUAGAACAAAUUGUUUUACUUCAGAGCAAAUAUGAUUCUAUUAAAAUGGCCUAGGGUAAAUACCCUACCUCGUAGAAAGAGCAAAGGUGAAAAGAAGCUCUCUUUUUAGGGAGGAAAUUAGGGUUACAGAAGUUGACUUCAAAUUUGCCUUACAAAGGAAAGAGGACAAAAUUACUUAUUUGAAGCAAACAAUACAGACAACCAAAGUGAUAUAUAAAAUGGUUGAUAAGAACAAGGCUUAUGACUGUAAUCUAACGAAGCUUGGUUUUUAGUUUCUUAAAUAGCUUGCGUUCUUUUAUUGAUGCUCUGUUCCUCCCGGGGGGUCUCGCCUGACCAGAGACGGAGGGCGGGAGGAGGGGAAGCGGGCAUCCCAUCGUGCUCUGGCUUCCGCAGCCUGCAGAGCGUGCUUGCACUGGCACCGCAGAGCGCCUCUGGGUACCUCGUGCAGCCCUUCCACAGCCUCGUGUGAGUGGAGUUAUUCUUCCCACGUGAGAGAUCAGAAGAUUGAGAUGCAGACUGUCCCUCACCAAGGGCACACGGUGGAAAGAACUGGAAGCACAAUUCAGACUCCUGGUUUCUGGAUUCCAUGUCCAGGUUCUGCGCCCCCCGCCCCCGGCCACUUUUGAAGUGGCCCAUACCUGAAGGAAAAGUUUAAGGACAGUAAUCAAUCAUCAGAAGGCAUUCUUAUACAUCUAUCUUAGACAUUUAUAAGCACUCUAAUGGAUAACAAUCCAAAAAGGAACUAUUUUAAAAGAUGAUGCCAAAGAGUUAAUGUCGAUCUUUUUUUUUUUCCCCCUAAGAAGAAAAGUCCACGAAUAUAAAAGAUUUAGAUCAGUGUUUAUAAAGUGAUCCCCUUGUAUAUGUCAUUACUCCUAUUUUGGAAUAAAAACUGACCUUCUUUAGUUAUACUUGUCUUUUGUAAAUAGCAGCUUCUGUGUCAUUCUUCCCACUUUAUUAGUUAAUUUAAACUUAAAAAACCAAAGAACCCAGACUAAUAUUCUUGUCUGUUCCAGUCUUUUAAAUAAAACUUACAAUGCA